UAUACAUACGUAGUGGAAAAAUGGCGUCGGCUGUGUGUGUUUCUAGAUGCCGAAUGUUAGCAAAAUUAGAAUUAAAUCGCGGUUUGUGUUUAUCACCAUUAUUUAGGGAUUUGUCAAAUAAUAGGGAGUCAUGGUGUCGGAGAUGGCGGCCCACGCGUCGCGCUUUUUUCACAAGCAUUUGCGUACAUGGUUCCAAAUCUUCAACUUCAAAAGUUGACAUCGAGAAAUCUGACGGAAAAAAGUCGAGCAGCAAGGCCGAAGAAGUGACUGUGACCUACCGUCGCGGGCUGCCCGUCAUCACGGUGCCGCUGCCGUCUCGCCGGGAGCUCUGCCGAUUCACCCUGCGGCCUGUGUCGCAAACCGUUGGAGAUCUGUUAGAACAGGUGAAAGCGGAAGAUCGCGGCGUAGAGCGCGCGGCGGCGCUGGCGGCGGACGAGCGCGUGCGCAUCGCGGCGAGCGACACGGUGGAAUCCCUCCUCGAGACUGACUUCCGGCUGAUCAUCAAUGAUACUGAGUAUUAUGUGAAGAGUCCACCACAGGAGCGCUUAAGCAGCGAAGAAAUAACCCGUCUGUCAGACGUAAGGAACUUGGUGAAUCAGUUGUACGAAGCUCUCAACGUGAGGGAGCACCAAAUUCGCAAGGAGAGGGACCUGCGCGCGCAGCUUGAGAAACUUACUGCUGAGUUACAGCCUUUAGAAGACAAACGCAUGUCUCUUGAAGUGGAGACUACACGCAAGACGUCAGCCCUCACAUGGGUGGGUCUCAGCCUCAUGGGCGUCCAGUUUGGGGUACUGGCGCGGCUGACCUGGUGGGAGUACUCUUGGGACAUCAUGGAGCCGGUCACCUACUUCGUGACUUACGGCACCGCGAUGGCCUGUUACGCUUAUUUUGUACUGACCAAGCAGGAAUACGUAUUGCCGGAUGUUAAGGACAGACAACAUUUGCUGACACUGCACAAAAAGGCGAAGAAGAUAGGCCUCGACAUUAACCAUUACAACCAUUUGAAGGACGAAGUAGACAAAUUAGAAAAAGACCUUGCCCGCCUCCGGGAUCCCCUCCAGAUCCACUUGCCGUCAUCUUAUGUCAAGGGUGGGGAUGAGAAGCGUUCCCCCCUCUCAAAAAUUAAGGACAUGUUAGAGGAAACUAGCAAGAAGAUGAAAAUAACGUAAUAUUUGCUAUCCGCGGCGCGUCGUUUGAAAUAGACGUUGUCCUUGGUUUAUAGUGUGACGCUUCUUAAAAAAAUGUGUUGGUUUUAGCAGUUCGAAAACGAGUAAGUAAUCUUUGAACGAUUUUUUUUUAAAUUAUUGAUUCAAAGAUGAGCCAUGUCGCUCAGUUCUGUUUGUUCGCCCGUAAGUUAUUUUGAAUUCAAGUCCUGCUCCCUGCGUUGGACCUUAUAUGAAACUACGUUGUUGAAAUUUGGCGAAGAAUAGAUUGAAAUUUUAGUAUGAAGUGUUGGAAAUACCACAUUUGUUUGAAAAUUUGUUUGUAAUCAGGAUCAGAUUUAAAUUCAUAAGUUUAGGGGAGUUGCAAUGUAUAAAAAUAUACAAAGCUUCAAGUUCAUAACUAGCAUAAUAUUAGCGAUUUAUCAGACUGGCUUAUAAGUUAAAACAAAAAUAUUUAAUAUCAUUCAUUUGAGAUUUAAUCUCUAAAUGAGAAAUUAUGUUUAUGUAGUUAACAAAAAUAUAAGUAGCAAAAUUUACGAAAUGAAUGACUGAAAUUUCAAAUGAAAUUGCGAUUCGAAAAAUAGAUUAAUUGAAAUGAAUUUAAAUUCAACUUUAAGCACAAUUUUUAGUUUAUACACUUUUGCUCAGACUUAUUGUUUCCUAUAUUUAUUAAACUAACAAAGGUCAUAUAUUUUUUGUUGUUUAUGGAUAUUUUCGUUUUCGUAAUAGUGCCAAUAUAGAUUAUAAAUAGAUAAAAAACAACUUACAGAAGAAUUCGUGUGUUACAGGAUGGUCAGCCAUACCCAAUAUUUUUACUAACCUAACUAGUUAGUGUGUAAUAGUAUGAAAAUAUCUAGUCUUUGUAAAAUCAAUGAAUUUUAAUUUCUAGUUUAAAAAUUAAGUUCGUUACCUUGGUUAUUCUUGCCAAUAGCUGUUUAAAAAAAUAACGAAUGUUUAUUUCUUUCAAAACUUCAUCAUCUAUUAUAAUAUAAUCCGAUUAUUAUAAAAGUAAAGUAUCAUUUGAAAAAUUAUGUAGAAAUGCGUUUUGUAAUCAAUGGUGCUUUUACGUUUUUUAGGUUUUGCAUUAACUUUUACUUGAUUAAAUCAAUUAGCUCAAAAGAUUUUUUAUUGUUUUUAAAUUCUUUAAAAUAAAGUCGAAGUGGAAAAUGUUGUUAUUAAUAACUAACAUGCCCGUUUGUACUAACAUUGUUUAUGCACAAUUAGAAACGUAAGAUUAUCGUAUAAAAAUGAAAAUUAAAGCAUCGAUUAAAAUUAUUAAUUAUUCAAUCACUUUUGGAGAUGUAAAUUAAAAAGCGGUUCUUAAAAAGGUUAUUUUAAUGUUUUUUGUAAUUAAACUUGCCUUGAUUUAAAUUCAAAUUGGACUUCAAUAUAUUCCCUCAAUAAUUUACAUAUUUUGGCCUCGAUAUUUUUUUUUCUUUUUGGUUAGUGUUCGAUCCGUCUAGCUUAACCCACAUUUUGCGUGAACUUGGCACAUUAUCACAGUGUCUUCCUGCGCCUUUUUGCCAUUUUUCUUGUUAUUGCCUACAUAAAUAUGGAUGGCUUUGAAAAUCCAUGAGGAAAAACAGCAUUGGUGGACUAAGCAAAAAAGGAGAAAAAAUAUAUUCGAAUUAUUAUAAAAUUCUUUAAAUGUAGUUGCAUGAUUGUGUAUAUUAUAUUAUGUUUAUAUAGAAACAAGUUGUAGGAUAAGUAAUGGCUGUGAAAUUAUUGUCAGUCCAUGAUUAAAUAAUGAGAAAAAAAAAUUGCAACAUUGUUAGGUGACUGGAUGAAAAAAAUCGUUCUUUCAACAAUGUUGCCGUGUCCAAGUAGUUACAUUAAACGAUUGAUGUAGAUGUAACAAUUUUGCCUCUGAGCUUCAAGGUCCUAGGUUCGAUCCCUGUGUAGGUCACGCUAGAAGGUAAAAUACUGAACAUGUCAAUAACAUAAGUAUGUUUUACCAGUAACUUGACUAUAUUCAUGACCUGCUUAGUGUGGUACUAAAUAUCUGAAAAUAGAAUGAAAACCCUACUUCAAAUGGAUAGUUAAGUAUUUUACGACAUCAUAUGUCUGGAGUUGUUAAUAUUGAAUUUUUACACUUAAUCGAAAUUCACUCACAAGGCCUUAACAUUGCGGUCUAAAAAUGUUUGUAUAAAUUCUAUAACCCUUAUAAAGUUAUAACAUAUGUAGGUAGCAAUAAGAACGCACAUUAUUCGCUCAAUAGCUUUCAAUCGUGAUUUGCUGGUUUGCCUUUUAGAGUCUUUUCUAACUCAUGUUUUUCUAAACUAAGUAUAAAUAGAAUUUUAUAUAAACUAUUAGAAUUAAGAGGGAGCAAAGCUUCUAUGUCUUAUUAAAUUAUUUAUUGUUAUACUACCCACUACUAUGUUAGAUUUUUAGUUUAUUUCAGAAAUAAGUUGAAAAAAUAUGGAAUCUUGUUUGAUAAAAAGAUCUGGAUUUUUUUAGAGAUAAAGUAGUUAGACUUUUUAACUCGGAGGAGCAUUUGAAAUGGGAGAAAGGAUAGGAAUAUUUAUUUUGUUAACAUUGUUAUUUAAGGCUAGUUAAUUUUUGCACUACCAUUAACUAUAUUUACCUAGAAGUGUAAUGUAGUUUUAUUUAAAGUUAUAACUUCACUACAGAUAAUAUCAGUCAUUUCUCAAAUAUAAUCCAAAUAAAUUAUAAUAAAUAUAAACGUUAUUUUUCCUGCAAAUUUGUAAUGACGAAUAAUUAACUUUUGAAUGUUUUAGUCAAAAUUAGACUGUCCUACGAAAAACUUCACUAUUGAGUAGUUAGGUACUUACUUAAUCAUAAAUUUAUUAUAUAUUCAUCAUUCUUUAUCUAAUACAAGUUACUUUUUGAAAUUUUGUCACCAUUUUGUGCGUUGUAAAAGAAACUAUACAAAGUGGCCUCAAAAUUCUUUUCAUAAGUAGCUUGUGGUUCGAAAUAUUUAUUAGAUGAAAUAAUUUAACCACGUCCUAUAUAUUUAUUAUCCCUUUAAUAUCCACUAAUGAAAUUGCCAAAAUUUACCCUUCCAAAUUCUUGUUAACUUUGUUACACUCUCUUUGCAUUCAUUAACCAUAUUAAUCGUUGUUAUGGAGUGACGGUGGGCGGCAGGUAUGGGCGUCAGCACAAACUAACAGACAGCCGGACUCCUUCUAACAGUUACUAUUUUGCAUUUUGUUAAAUUUACU